AUGCAGGAGAUGAACCUCACCUGGAUGAAAGCAUGCCAUGAUGAGAUAGUCGUUGGUGCCAAGGUGCUCCACUAUCCGGCGACCCACUUCGAGCGCUUGUGGCGCAAGUACCAUCACUUGGGCAACUUCCCUGCCGUGCGCUUCGGGGGCGAGCUGGUGGUUCCCGCCUCCUUCCACUUGGAGGCCCGGGACGAAUACUUGAAGUAUUCGGACAAGACCACGCAACAAGAGAAGCUCAAGGAGCUGCUGGAGCGCGCGGCCUUCCUGAGCGACGAGGAGGUGCAGUCGCAGCUGGAGACCGGCUCGGUGGUCUCCAUCGACACGGUACGGGAGUCGCUGCGGCAGGGCGUUUGGAUUCCGCCCAGGCAGCUGCGCCCGAGCCUCUUCAGCUUACUCCAGCGGCGGCCCAGCAAAGAGGCCAUGGAGCGGAUGCAGCGGAUGAGGCGGAUGCCCGCUGAGGUGCUGUUUGAGGCUGUUGGGCUGCUGAAGAUGGAGAGUCUGGAUCAAGGCUUGCAAAAAGUGGUAGAACAACUGGAGACCAGAGGAUGGGCCGCCUGCCACCUGGGGCUCCAUGGAAAGCUCAUGGACCGGGCCCGUUUGGAGGCCUCCCAGCUGAAGCCCAAGAUGUCCAAGGGCGCCACGGUCAUCGAGAACCGCGUGGUGGACCCCACGGAGUCGCCGAACGCGCUGCGUGGGGAUUGGACCUUGUUCAUGCAGGAGCAGGGGCUGACUGGACCUAAAGGCCCAGCGCCCACCCUGACAAUGUUGGAAAGCGCCCUGACGGAUUUGGGCAUGCAAUUGGACCCCAGGCUGCGGCGAAGCCGGCUGCAGUUGCGCAUCACGGAGCGUUGUGAUGGGAUGUUGGCCUGUUAUGAAGAAGGUGGUGCAUACAGCGCUCAUUUGGACAAUGCAGAUGGAGAUGGACGAGUGGAUGGCCGAGUUUUGACCAUGGUGAUGUACUUGAAUCAGAACUGGGACCGCCGAGCAGGGGGAGAGCUGGCCAUCUUCGAGCCCGAGAAAGGGGAGUUGGGCGAUGAGCAGGUGGAAGGGAAGUGGUACAUGGUCUCUCCAGAGGCGAAUACCUUGGUUCUUCUCCUGGCGGACCGCGUCCUGCAUGAGGUGCGAAGUGCCUAUGCGGAGCGCUAUGCCUUGAGCAUGUGGUUCUGUGGGCAGCACGCGGAGUAUGGCGGGUCCUAA